UUAAAAUGAUGAAGCUUAGACUAUACAUAACUCUUUUUCUUUACACAAAAUGUGCAAUUUCCUUAGACCAUUUGGAAUUACAUUGCAAUUUCUCUAAACAUUUGUUUAAAUAUUUCAGGUACAGUGAGAAAUAUUUAUUUAACUUUGAAAAUAAAAUUUCUGAACUUGAAUUAAGAAAUUAUGGAACAGCAGUAAAAUCUCAUGGCAAAAUUGUUAUGAUCAUGUUAGAUUCAUUACGAGAAAUGGACGAGAAAUAUAUCGCAGCGGAUAUAAUGACAGUAAAUUUAUAUUUGAACAACGUAUCAGGAUCUAUAAAUAUGAUUGGUAAAGACGAAAAUGGUAAAUUAAAUAAAUCUAAAAACUCACAAAAUUUACUGAAGGGCUACAAGAUUCUACAUCGUUCAAUAGUAGAAAGAUUGGAAUAUUUUAUAAAUGAAAAAUGUUUAUAUAUAUCACUUAAAAAAAAAUUCAUAUCCCUAACUAAUUUUAGUGAACCAGUAAAAUACAGUUCGGCAGUUUUGCUUAAUGAACUCGAGAAACUUAAUAGUAAAAUAAUUAGAAAUAUGAAAGAAUAUUUAACUUUGAGAGAUAUGUUUGCGGGAACAGAUAAUAACAUAUUAAAAAGAUAUUGUAAGAUAAUAAAACAUUUAGCGUUAACUUUUGAAAAAAAAUUAUACAAUAAUUUCAAUCCUAAAAAUGUUUUGUUUUAUGAUUUUAUGGAAAAUCGUUCCCCUUUUUCGGAGUUAGACAUGAUAUCAGGUUCCCAAGCAAAACAAUAUGUUAGAUAUAACAGUGACAAUCAAGUAAUUGAUGUUUUAGACAUUGUUCGAUAUGCUCCGUUAAAACUAAAGAAUAAUAAUAAUCAACAAAUAAAAUUGUCCGAUAUGUUUCGUUUCAUCAAGUUUGACUUUAACUUUCAAAAUGUACAAGUAUUUUUAAAUUUAUUAUACAUGGCAACAGUUCGUCCAAUUAUGUUGAUUGUACGUUUAUAUAUUUUUUUGGUUCAUAAUUUUGUUUCAAUUUUUAAAUUUCGAGUUAGCGAAUCAAAAACUCUUUUGAAAGAUAAAAUCAUUGAACUGGGUCAACAAAUUAUUAAUAGUAUGAAAUCAUUUAUGGAUUUAAACUUAUAUCAAGAUUAUUUAAAAAAAAGCUUAAGCUGUAUGUUUAUUAAGACAUAUGAAGUUAUUUCAUCAUUCAAAGAACGUAAUGAUUUGAUUACAAAUAGUGAAACGCAAAAUAUAUCAAAAACUUACUAUUCAUACAUGAGAAAAUUAUUUGUGAAUAAUACUUUUGUUGAGAAUAUAAAUGUCACAAAAUUCAAUAUUAAUAAAAUAUAUAGUAUAGCUACUGAGGAAAUAAAUAAAAUUACAUUGUACGUUUCAGAAUUAAAAAGAUAUCAAUAUUGUUUUGAAAUAGCAAAUCAUUUUUAUUAUAAUUCAUAUAUAGAUUGGCGAGUCACUAUUAAUACUAUAAAACAAAAUAUUCCUUAUAAACUAUUUGAAAAUCAUGAAGACAUAUAUCGUUCACUUUAUUUUCCUGGUAUUAAUAUAAAUGAUAUAAAAAAACAUAUUCAUAGCCCAAAUGAUGAAAAUGAUGACAUGAACAAUGAUGAUGAUAAGGAUUUUGAUGUGAAAGUUCAGACAUAUUACACUCCUAAAUAUCUAGUUGAUUAUUUACUUUAUGAGUAAUUUUUACAAUUUAUUUUCUUUAAAUGUGAUGGAAUUUAAUUUUUUUUAUAAGAUAUUUAUGAGAAUUAAUUUUUGAACCAAUAAUACAAGUUUACAAAAAAAUUUA